AAAAAAAAAAAAAGAAAGAAAAAAAAACAGCAAAGCGACCAUGGUGGUACCCCAUGCUACCAUCUGCUCUUCUAACGUCAUAACCCCACUUUCAUUUUCUGCUCUUGCCUUAUUAUAAUACCCUCUCUCUCUCUCUCUCUCUCUCUCCAAUCAGGAGGAGGACCCAUCUGGGAAGAUUCACUAGGGUUUUUGUCCUUGCAUGAAUUGAGCUAUCACUUUAGGGUUUUUCGAUUAAAGUUAUCCAUAUAUAUAGCAAUGGAUAAAGAAGACAACUACUCGGCAACCUUUACUGGUCUAGACUACUCUCUAGACCACCACCGUCACCAUCCACAGCAAGAUCACGAACUCAUUAAGUCUCGAAUUGGAGAAGCUUCUGGUGAUAACAGCAAUGGCGUGAUCGACUAUAUGCUCAACAAUCCUCAUCAGCAACAACUGUCAUCUGGGUUUUGCACUUCAACUUCUCUUGAUAAAUUGAGCUUUGCAGAUGUUAUGCAAUUUGCAGAUUUUGGGCCUAAGUUGGCCUUAAAUCAAACUAAGAUAUCUGAGGAAGAAACUGGUAUUGAUCCAAUUUACUUCCUGAAGUUUCCUGUAUUGAACGAUAAGAGGGAGGAACAGUCUCUAAUGGUUCCCCAUCUAGGUGGAGAAAAUGAAGAGAGAUUUAAAGGAUUGAGUAGUGUGGAAAAUAGGGCAGGAAUGAUGGGAGAAGAUAUUAGAGAGGAAGAAGAAGCUAGGGUUUCAGAUAAUACGUCGGUGCAACUCCAGUUUCUCGGAGAUCAAGAUCUUCAAAACAAGAACCCUAUACCGGAGGUGAAGAACAAGAGGAAAAGGCCAAGAACUAUCAAGACAACCGAGGAGGUGGAAAGCCAAAGAAUGACUCAUAUUGCAGUGGAAAGAAAUCGAAGGAAACAAAUGAAUGAGCAUCUUCGAGUUUUGAGGUCUCUCAUGCCAGGAUCUUAUGUACAAAGGGGAGACCAAGCUUCAAUUAUUGGUGGAGCCAUUGAAUUUGUGAGAGAAUUGGAGCAACUCCUUCAAUGCCUAGAAUCUCAAAAGAGGCGAAGACUCUAUGGAGAAGCUCCAAGACAGAUGGGAGAUUCUUCUCUCGCAAUCCAGCAACCUCAACCACCAUUCUUUCCUACUCUGCCUCUUCCAAAUGAUCAAAUGAAACUCAUGGACUUUGAAACCGGACUCCGAGAGGAAACUGCUGAGAACAAGUCCUGCUUGGCUGAUGUUGAGGUGAAGCUUUUAGGGUUUGAUGCCAUGAUCAAGAUCCUAUCUAGGAGAAGACCAGGCCAGCUCAUUAAAACUAUUGCGGCUCUAGAAGAUUUGCAGCUUAAUAUCCUCCACACCAACAUUACCACCAUUGAGCAAACUGUUCUCUAUUCAUUCAAUGUCAAGAUUGAAAGUGAAUCUAGGUUCACAGCAGAAGAUAUAGCAAGUUCGGUUCAACAGAUAUUCAGUUUUAUUCAUUCAAACAGCAGCAUGUGAUGUAAUCUAAGAUGGAGGAAAAAACUGAGCUCUGUUAUGCAUUUCCAUAUAUAGAGAGAUUCCUAUAUGGAUCCUUUCUGUACUUCUUUUUUUCCUCUCAUGGGAUCGAUUCCCUUUUUUGUUGUAGGAAAAAAAAUUUGAUUAGCAAAAUUAAGUAGUGGUGAUUCUGAAGAGCCCAUAAGCUAGCUCUCUUGUUCUUGAAUUUACUGUAAAUUUUUUUCCCCUUAUAGCUAAUUAUUGUGGCAACAUAUUUUGUUAUAUAUCCUCGUGAAGUAUCAUUUGC